UUUCUGUAAUGCUGCAAGACUAGUAAAGUUCCAUAGACCAUAGGUUUCCAAAUUUGAUUUUAGCAUCCUUUUGUUUAUGUUGGAUGAACCUGUCCCUUAUAUGGGCUAAAAGGUCACCCACCGCCUUAACUUUGGCUUUCCAUCUUCCCCAAAGUCUACUGCUGCGGCUGCUUGGCUGGCUGCCCUUUGCCACCACCACCAACAUACAUGAACCAUUACACCAUUUUUUCACCAUUCUCAUCAUUCCUCAUAAAACCCCAUUCAAUCGUUAUUGUACAACACCAUUGUUGAAAGCUACCCUUUUCAAUGGCUUCUCUAAAUCAUCUUCAUUCAUUAUCAAUUCAAACUUCCACCGCAUUUCAUACCAAUCUGCAAAAACCCAAAACUUUUCACACCCAAAUCUGCGUUAAUUAUAGGCAAAUUGUAUGUUGUUCAACUUCUUCACCCUUCACUGAGAAGAAUUCGGUGGAGCGAUACCAAAGGGAGCACUGGGUUUAUCCUGUUAUAUCUCAAUUUCAAUCAUCUCAAUCUCAAGAACACUGUCAAUCGUCUUCGCCGCCGCAGCCGUCUAAGGAUAGAAGGGAAGAUGACAUUGCUUCCCAACUACCAGAACUCAAGAAGCUGCUUGAGGUAUUGAGAGAAAAGAGAGAGAGCCAAUCACAAGGUGGCGGCAAUUCUGGUGUUAUUGGAAAUGUGUAUUUGGUGGGCACUGGUCCAGGGGACCCUGAGUUACUCACUGUAAAAGCUCUCAAAAUAAUUCAAUCUGCUGAUCUUCUAUUGUACGAUCGCCUCGUCUCGAAUGAUGUGUUGGAAAUGGUGGGCCCCAAUGCUAAGCUUCUGUAUGUUGGGAAGACUGCUGGCUACCAUAGUAGGACACAGGAGGAGAUUCAUCAGCUGCUGUUGAGUUUUGCUGAAGCUGGUGCUAAUGUUGUUAGACUUAAAGGCGGAGAUCCUCUUAUUUUCGGACGCGGUGGCGAAGAGAUGGAUUUCCUGCAGCAGAAGGGGAUUCAAGUUAAAGUUGUUCCAGGUAUUACUGCUGCUUCAGGUAUAUCAGCUGAACUAGGAAUUCCGUUGACUCAUCGAGGCAUCGCAACUAGUGUUAGAUAUCUCACUGGACACUCAAGGAAUGGGGGAACUGAUCCGUUGUAUGUAGCAGAGAAUGCUGCUGACCCUGACUGUACCCUAGUUGUAUAUAUGGGUUUGGCAACACUUCCUGCUCUUGCCCAGAAAUUGGUGCAACAUGGCCUGCCUAAUGAUACUCCUGCUGUUGCAGUGGAAAGAGGGACAACUGCUCAACAGCGUUUGGUAUUUUCAAAGUUGGAGAAUCUUGCUGAUAAAAUUAGAUGUAGUGGACUGGUAUCCCCUACACUGAUCAUCAUCGGGAAGGUUGUUGCACUUUCCCCAUUGUGGAUGCAAUCCUGUGAAGAACCAGCUGAGCUUGUGGAUGCAAAGUAGAAACAAACCAUUUGCGUUGAAGAAAGAGAUUGAAGUCAAAGUAUAUAUUGGUUGAAGAAGCAACUAUAAAUAUUGGUUGGUGGUGACUGACCACUGCAGCCAGUAACUGGUGUUAGUUAGUAGUCUUGGCAUCUCAGAUGCUAGCCCAAUAGUAAUUGCGAUGAUUUUUGCCAUCUAGAAUCAUCUUUUACCAACGAGGCGCCAUACAAUCAGGCUGACAUAACCGCUCAACUUGGAAGCCUGAGAGCUUUUGCUUGGGCUGGUCUGCAUCCUAAUUGUUCAAGUCUCUGUUAUAUUGAAAUGAAGUGGCAUUAAAAUGUAAAGCUUAUUUCCUUCAGAAAAAUAAAUAAAAUGUCCAGUGUUUUUACUCUCAAAUGAGACAUGCAACAUGUUUUUACCAAUUUAUUCUUCAAAGACAUCUAAUAUUUUGAAAUUUUAUAGAAAGCAUCUUUCAGAGUUUGAGUUAAUUCUUGUGUUAAUACAUCGAGUAUUGAAUUCUGAAAUCGACGAGGUAGGAUUUUCUUGGCUAUAGUGGAAAAUGGGGCACCUGAAUAACUAGGCAUCUGAGUUCCUGCAUACAUGAGAAAACAAUAGAAUGGUAGUGAGCUUCUGAGUUUUGAAUGGCUCUACCAUAGAGCUUGUCUACACCCAUUUACAUAUGGAGAUAUACUCUCAUAUUAUGUGCAAAGUGCAUUUCCACCGGCAAAGUUGGGGUACUUUAUUAAUUGCGUGAUAAAAGUGAUGACUGGUAAGUAUACUUGUUGAAAACAUCUUAUAAAGUUUGGAAAUGCAGGUAGGGGUAAGAAACCUUACCCCUUGCAAGAGGGAUCCCCCAUAUCUUUCCCCUCCUUGCAAGGGCAGCUCCAUCUUACCUUUAAAAAAAUAUAGGCAUUUGCAACAUUUUUGAAUUGCAGGGAACUAAGAAGGAAGAGAGAGAAAGUUUCCGACUGAAGGAGGAAAGAGAAAGUUGCGCUUGCUGAAGCUUGAAGAUCGUUUGAAACCGCCAUCAACAAUCGGAAAGGAGUUUAAGGUUGUGGUUGAAAAUAUAUUAGGGCUGCUUGAUCUUUGUGAGUCUUAGACAGUAUUUGAAAGAACUAAAGCAAGGCGUUUAUUAAUUAAAGGAUCUAUUAAUGCGACCAGUUGUAUCACGGAAGCUACUGAAACAAGGAAGAUGUAGGGAUGAGGAUGACUUCUCGUGGUCAACAGGAAUUGAAACAUGCUUGGAAUAAUUUGUCGAUAACAAUUGGUGGAUGAGAGUUGAAUCUUGUUGAUGAAGCGUUGGAAGAUUGAUGGCAGAAAAUCGUCUCCGGCCGAGUUGAACAUUCUAUUUACUUUGUCACCUCCGUUGUCUCAGCUUCCUUGAGAAGCCUUAUUUCUUUGGCUUCCUUGAGAAACUUUGGUUUAGUUUAGGUGUUUUAUUUUACUUUUAUCUUUUUAAGUUUUAGUUGUAUUUUCUUAUCUAUUAGUCUUUCCCUGAGAUAGGGAGGCUUUUAGAUGAAGACCUUAGAACCGUGUACCUUUCCAUAUAAAAAAAAAAAAAAAAAUUGUUUUAUAUAUAUUCAAUACUCCA